AUGGCGCGUCCUUAUAGGUUCGGCUGGACGGGCCUAGUAGCAAGCUUCCUGCUUCUUCUCUCGCUGUUCAACUUUGCAGCUACGUCGCCUCUACUGGACGACCACAUCAAUAACACCUUAGUCGUACGCGCCGGCGCCAAACCCGAUUUUGAAGAAGCACUACCGACCAUCACCAAGGCGCAGUAUGUGGCGUAUCUCAAGAAGCACUUCAAGAGAACCGAAAAGUACCUAUUCUACUCUGGUGGAGCAGACAAAAAACAAAUCCCACGAUUUCUGAGAACGAGCCCCGGAUAUUUCUUCUAUGGCAAUAUGAUAACUGCACCUAAAUGGAAAGAUCGCUCAAAGCCCCCUCCCAAUCACCCAUGGUACAAAGAGUUCAAGGUAGACAAGGUAGACGACGACGGCGAAGAGGCUUCCAAGGCCCUGGCAGAAGUCGCCACGGGGACGAUCCUGGUCUUCGGAGCUGUAGAUUACAAAAACUUUGAGAAUUCCUAUUUCACGUCAAAAGAAGUCGAAAUACUUCAUGAAGGAAUCAAGAGCGGCAGAAUCACCGCGAUUCAUCACAUGGCCAAGAGUGCGAGGAAUAAAGAUGAAAUCAUAGCCAUCGAAGACGGGGACGGGAAAAUUGUUUUUCAACCUGGCAUGGAAGGCACUGAGAACGCUUCUAUCAACUGCGACGGCACCAGCGCCGACAGCGACCAUCCGAGCGACAGCGACAGCGCCACAAAACGUGCUCUCGGAAAAUAUGGAGUCUGUGGUCCGCCAAAGAUCCCUAGCAAGAGGUCUCCUCAAGAGUGCGACGGUAAACCAGGCAACGGAAAGCGCGCUAUGGGCUCCAAGAAGCAGAGCGCUGCUUGCCCGUUGAAAAAACCCACAUGCACCGCGGUAAUGAAGAAGGCUGGCAAGUGCACUACCACCAAGAAGUGCACCGCAGCAAUGGAGAGGGCUGGCAAGUGCGGUACCGCUAAGAAGUGCACCGCAGCAAUGAAGAAGGCCGGCAAGUGCGGCACCAAGAAGAGCGCCAAGAAGACUCCCAAACACCCUAUCAAAAAGAGGCCUGCCACACACCGCAAGAAGACCACCAAGAAACGACCUUCCCGAGCCAAGAAAGCUUCCAGGAAAGGUAGCGGUCGGGGCAGGCACUAA